CUAUCCAACUCAGAAAUUUAUCAUUGAUCCACAAUUCCACAUCACUCCACCUUUUUUUGUUUAAAUUCAAAAAUCUCCAAUAUUGUAUUUGUACCCACUAAGUCACUAACCUCCAUUAUUAAUUUAAAAAAUUAAUACUUUAACAAAAACAUCCACUCAUUAGAAAAACAGAGAGAAAAAGAGAGACAGAGAGACAGAAACAGAGAGAAAGCCAUUUUGGUGAAUGGCUUCCAUGGCUGCCCUCUUCAUCAAAACUCCAUAUCCCUCUCACACUCACUCCAUCACCAAAUUUCCAAAUACCCAUUUCGCCCCUACCUUCAGAGUCUCUGUUUCCGUGCCUUCGGGUCGAAUAAAACGGAGGCUCCGAGUUUCGUCCGGCUUGAUUGAACCCGACGGUGGGAAGCUCGUGGAGCUUCUGGUUGAUGAGCCUCUCAAGGAUUUAAAGAAACGAGAGGCUUUGUCUCUGCCUAGAAUCAAGCUCUCAAGCAUUGACCUUCAAUGGGUCCAUGUACUCAGCGAAGGUUGGGCAAGCCCACUCCGUGGGUUUAUGAGAGAAUCUGAGUUCCUCCAAACGCUUCAUUUCAACACGCUCCGACUCCAAAACGGGUCGGCCGUGAACAUGUCGGUGCCGAUUCUUUUGGCCAUCGACGACUCGCAAAAGCACCUAAUCGCCGAGUCCACCAAAGUUGCUCUCUUUGACUCUAACAACAAUCCGGUCGCUAUUCUCAAAGAUAUUGAGAUCUACAAGCACCCUAAAGAAGAACGGAUUGCCCGAACAUGGGGAACCACUGCCUCUGGCCUACCUUAUGUUGAAGAAGCUAUAGCAAAUGCUGGAAACUGGCUGAUCGGAGGUGACCUAGAGGUUUUAGAACCGAUCAAGUACCAUGAUGGCCUCGAUCGUUUUCGCUUGUCUCCCUCAGAACUCCGUGAGGAAUUUACAAGGCGCAAUGCCGAUGCAGUGUUUGCGUUUCAACUCCGAAAUCCUGUGCACAAUGGUCAUGCUUUGCUGAUGACUGACACUCGUCGUCGACUACUUGAUAUGGGCUACAAGAACCCCAUCCUCUUGCUUCAUCCACUGGGGGGCUAUACAAAGGCAGAUGAUGUUCCACUUAGUUGGCGAAUGAAGCAACAUGAGAAGGUGCUUGAGGAUGGUGUUCUUGAUCCAGAGACAACUGUGGUUUCCAUAUUCCCCUCACCAAUGCACUAUGCUGGUCCAACUGAGGUGCAGUGGCAUGCUAAGGCUAGGAUUAAUGCAGGGGCUAACUUUUACAUUGUUGGUCGAGACCCAGCUGGCAUGGGCCAUCCAUCUGAGAAACGUGAUCUGUAUGAUGCAGAUCACGGUAAAAAAGUAUUAAGCAUGGCACCUGGACUGGAGCGGCUAAAUAUUCUUCCUUUCAAGGUUGCUGCAUAUGAUAAAACUCAGGGCAAAAUGGCAUUUUUUGAUGCCUCAAGACCACAGGAUUUCGUUUUCAUAUCAGGCACCAAGAUGCGGAUGCUUGCAAAGAACAAAGAGAACCCUCCUGAUGGAUUCAUGUGCCCAGGUGGUUGGAAAGUGCUGGUGGAAUACUAUGACAGUUUGGUUCCCACAACCAAUGACAAAGUUCCUGUAGCUGUUCCAGCUUAGAUGGAUAUGUUUUAUAAAAAUGUAUGUGGCUCUGUGAUUGGGAGAAACUUUAAAAAAAAAAAAAAAACCUUUUUAUUUCUCCUUGCGGUUGUGGGUUCCUGACCCCAAAAAAACUGUGUCCAGAUCUCUAAUAAAACCAUGCGAGGCACUGGUACAGAGACAUGAAAUUCGCCUCCAUUUGUAAUUAGAGCACCCGUCUUUGCAUGUUGCACUGGUGCAUUUGUGCAUGCGGGUGCAUUGUAUUAUAUUGUGAUUUGUGCUUGAAGUUA